UUGCAGGGGGAUCUGAUCUACAACAUUGUUGUUUCCAAAGUUGAAACGGCACGCUGUUCAGGCGUCUAUGCUGCAUGCUCGGCUCGGCACAGUGGUAUUUCCAAAUUUGAAACGGCACGCUGUUCAGGUGUCUAUGCUACAUAUACAGCAUGAAGUUUGGGCUUAGACCGGGAGGAGUGUUGAUUUGUCGACGUGGCAAAUGACGUGGCAGAAAGGAUAAGCCAAAAGAUCUUGUACACGUGUAACAUAUGCAUAUGGACGGACGCUCUGUUAGCCCUCCGUAAACCUCAAAUGUUUCCCUCGCUGCCGAGAAAUCGAUCGGCGAAACUUCGUUAGGCGCGAUUUCUGGUUAGACUUCGAGGUCCCUUCGAUUCAUUUGGAGAGUAUAUAAUCUCCGAUGAUGGAAUCUGAGACCCGAUCUGAUGCUGCUAUGUCUACGCAGAAGCUACAGAGUAUGGUCGAGAUCGGCCGAACCAAUGACGACAUCGAAGACAAGACAGGGAAGAGAAGAGUUAGAGAUGUUGAAAUUUGUGUUCCGAUAGUAUGCGGUUCCAUUGCCUUUCAUCUCGGGCGGAAAGCUACCGAGACUCAGUCUCAUAAGUGGACGGUCUAUGUACGUGGAGCUACAAAUGAGAAUCUUGGCGUGGUGAUCAAGCGAGUCAUCUUUCAAUUGCACCCCAGUUUUAACAACCCUACUAGAGUGGUUGAAUCGCCUCCUUUUGAAUUGUCUGAGUGUGGCUGGGGAGAAUUCGAAAUUGGUAUCACCCUCUUCUUCCAUGACAAUGCCUGCGAGAAGCAGUUGAAUUUGUUGCAUAACUUGAAACUGUACGCAGAGUAUGAAUCUGGUCCUCAGUCUACCAAGAGACCUGUUGUUGUUGAAUCUUAUAACGAAAUUGUCUUCCCUAAUCCUUUCGAGGAUUUCCUCACUCAUGUACAUAAUCACCCAGCAGUAUUUGUCUCCAAGCUUCCAGAUGGCUUAAUUCUACCUUCAGCAGUCACCGAAAUUUAUAAUCUGAGGGAUAAGGGAGACACUAAAGCUCAUCCACUCAACCAAUGGUUUAUGAGUUUUUCAGAAGCAGACGAGCUUUUGAAGCUUGCAGCAGCUCGUCAGCAGGUGCAAGCUCACAUCACCAAGCUGAAAAGACAGUUGAGCAUAGUUGAUGUGCUACCGCAAGGACUCGUGCUGUCCUCUGGUUACGGAGGCUUAUGAUCAUGGAACAACAGACAGACCUCUUGGCAAGUUUAGCUAAUAUGGUCAAUUUAUGACAAUGAGACGGAUAAAAACUGAUAAUUUAAUCCCUGGACUUCUCCGUGGUUGCAGUCUUGCAAAGCCCGCAGUGUAAGUAGGUGAAUGUAAAAGAGUUAUGUGAACUUGAAAACAAUGUGGUACGGUUAGAAAACGUGUAAGAAUUCAUUUGUUUCAAAUAUUGAAGGUAAGCUUUCAUUAUAAGUUUCACUCAGGAGUAAGCAUCACAGGUUUGUUUAAUAACAUCACUCCUGGAUCUGAAGAUCUACCCAGAGAUCAAGGAUGAGUUCAGAAAUUAUUCUAUGUGAAUUCACCUGUGAACAACAAACCUUAACUAGCAUCGACUGGCUGCAGGGUGUAAGUGACCAAUGUAAUGGGAAUGUUCAUUUCGGUAAACUUCAGUAUGACUGCAGGAGUUCAAGUGGGUAGACUGCUGUGCUGCUCUGGUUACAGUCCAUUUCAGGUACCUUACCUCAACAAAAACAUCGUUAAAUUUUCAACUUAAUGCACUCGAAGUAUAUAUGAUAUUUGGCAGUAGAGAAAUGAUACACCACAUUUGUAGGAAUACUGAGUACAUGCUCCAGUUAUCUACUAGAAAUAAUUAUGGAAGUUCAUCUGAUCUUAUUCCCUUGAUUACGGUAUAUGCAAAUCGAAUCGAAUUCAUUAUCAGACAUGAUCUAUCAUUUUGACUGUGGACCAAGCACGUCUAGAUUUUCUGGUGAUAGCGUAUCAGCAGUUAUAUUUUGCUUUCUUAAUUCAACUGCUGUUGUUGGUAUGUUUCUAUAUACACAGAUCACAUUUCGACUGAUGGUGGGAGGUGUUCAACUCCUGGUUAAAUGGUUGUCUGCAUUUUUUCUUUUCAAAUCUCAAUUUUAAACUUGCAGAUUGGAUUGUGCAUAAUAUCAGAGUUAUAGCUCAUCUCCAAAUGUGAUCAAUGGUAAGGCAUGUGUUGUCCAACUUGAAUACAUUAUGUCGUGUGAUGUGGAAUCCCGAAAGACAGCUCUUGGUAUCUUCUCUUUUGUUUUAAAAAAACAACUUUCUGGUGUUUGUGCCAAUCAUGUUUUUCUUUGUAUAUAACGGGGGGAAGGUAGAGAUGAAACAAGCAAGAGGCAUACGACAUUGACAGGUACCAUUCUGCUCCAUAUGUAAAUCACCUCUGAAUCGUUUUCCUUCAUAGAACAUGGGGUGUUCACCAAUUUUAGGCAAUCACAAAAAAGCUUUGACCCUCCUUUUUAUUAGCUUCUAUGUGCUAAAAUACUCCUCGCCCCGAAAGAGAAUCCUUAAUUGACACCGACGUUUGCUGGAAACUUGUUUUUGCUCUGAGCACAUGUGACUUAGAACUGAAAGAGAAACCGAUAUCAGAAACAAUACUGCUUUAGAAGCUGCGUUUGUGGCCAUAGAACAUGGGAAAUGAUUUCCCAUAUCGUUAUCCAAAAAAAAAUUAAAAAAAAAACUGGUGGUUGAAUUGAAAGGGGGCAUUGGAGGAAUAUAUGUCUCUGCUUAUGUGUGUUCAGGGUUGCUGAGUUGUACGGACGUUGGUGGUAUUCUUGCAAAAUACCACAUGGGAUGGAAACAAGUCAUUUGGAUCCUACAUACUUUUGGGUAUGCAUUACUCUCUGCCUCUCUCUUGGUUGUUCUUUUGUAAUACUUAAUGACCUUAUCUUCUUUUUUCUUGGGAUCUGCAAACAUACACAGUUUAUUAGGGUGAUCAUUUCGGAUUUCGAUUCUAUUAUAUUCGGAUUCGGUUAGGUCGCUUUUAGAAAAACUAUAACCAUUCGAUUUUUCCAUUCGUUCAA